AAGCAUUUUACGUGUCUCUUUAUUAGGUUGUUCUUGCCAGAAGAAGAUUGGUAAUGUUAAAAGUGAAACAAGAAGCGGUCAUUUGGUCGGUUUGAGAAUAAGCUUGUCAGUUGUUUGCUUUUUGAAGAGAAGAAACUAAUAGAAAGAUGAAGAAGGUCCAUGAAACAAGGUCUCAAACACAUGGACCAGCGGCUGAUGAAGGCAAAGUAAUGACAAGAAAGCAGAAGGCAGAGAACAAGGGACACGAAGGAGAACAGUCUCCAAAGAAGGCCAAGAACGAAAAUGAUUCCAGUCAUGCUAAUGAGAAAACUAAGACUGACAUUUCUAAAGAGUUUGAGGAGUUCUCUAGAGCAAUAAGAGAGCAUCUCUCUGUUUCUCAAAUGCGAGAAAUACUAGAGAUGAAUGAUCAAGAUUCUUCCGGCUCUGAUGGGGCUGUUAUCACCAAAUGCCAAGAUUUAUUGUUGCUUGGGCCACUUGGGAAAUGUCCAUUGUGUGACUGCACUUUGGAAUUUGAUGGCAAAAGGUAUUCUUGCAACGGGUUUUACAGUGAGUGGUCUAGUUGCACUUUCAAGACAAGAAGUCCACCAAGAAAAGAGGAGCCACUCAAAUUCCCUGAUUCUGUUCUCAAGUCCCCCAUUGCAGAUUUGCUGAAGAAGCAUCAAGACCCUAAAAACCGGCCUCGUCAAGAGUUAGGUGCACCAGGCAAGCCCUUUGCAGGGAUGAUUAUUUCUUUGUCAGGCCGUCUUUCGCGAACUCAUCAAUAUUGGAAAAAGACUAUUGAAAAAUAUGGGGGAAAGGUCUCCAAUUCGGUUAUUGGUGUGACUUGCCUUGUUGUUUCACCGGCUGAGCGCGAAAGAGGCGGUUCUUCCAAGCUCUCUGAAGCAAUGGAAAGGAACAUACCUGUGGCUAGAGAAGAAUGGAUGCUUGACAGCAUUGAGAAGCAAGAACCUCUGCCUCUAGAAGCUUAUGAUGUAGUCUCUGAUCUUGCUGUGGAGGGUAAAGGAAUUCCAUGGGAUAAACAAGAAACUAGUGAAGAAGCUCUUGAGUCAAUUUCAGCUGAACUCAAACUAUAUGGAAAAAGGGGUGUCCAUAAGGAUAGUAAACUGCAGGAACGAGAUGGAGAGAUAUUUGAGAAAGAUGGGAUAUUGUACAACUGUGCCUUCUCCCUUUGCGACAUGGGACGAGAAAUAAAUGACUAUUGUAUCCUGCAACUGAUCAAUGUGCCAGAGAGUAACCUGCACCUGUACUACAAGAAAGGGAGAGUCGGCGAUGAUCCUGGCGCCGAUGAAAGACUUGAAGAGUGGGAAGAUGUUGAUAAUGCUGUGAAGGAGUUUGUUAAGAUCUUUGAGGAAAUUACUGGAAAUGAGUUUGAGCCAUGGGAAAGAGAGAAGAAGUUUGAAAAGAAGAGAUUAAAAUUCUAUCCUAUCGACAUGGAUGACGGAGUUGAGGUGAGACAAGGAGGGCUUGGUUUAAGGCAGCUAGGAGCUGCGGCAGCUCAUUCUAAACUUGAGCCGCAGCUUGCAUAUUUUAUGAAGAUUCUGUGCAGUCAGGAGAUUUAUAGGUAUGCCUUGAUGGAGAUGGGUUUGGACCCUCCUGAACUGCCAAUGGGGAUGCUCUCGGAUCUUCACUUAAAAAGAUGUGAGGAGGUCCUACUUCAGUUUGUAGAAGCAGUGAAAUCCAUGAAAGGGACAGGGCAAAAGGCAGAGGCUGUUUGGUCAGAUUACAGCCAAAGAUGGUUUACGCUUAUGCAUUCUACUCGGCCUUUGAUCCUAAGAGACUAUGAUGAACUUGCAGAUAAUGUUGCUGCAGCAUUUGAGACUGUUCGCGACAUAAAUGUAGCCUCACGUCUUAUAGGAGACAUGUCAGGCUCAACUCUUGAUGACCCAUUAUCAGACCGGUACAAGAAAUUAGGAUGCUCAAUUUCUCCAGUGGGCAAAGAAACUGACGACUACAAAAUGAUUGUGAAUUACCUGGAAAGAACCUAUGAACCAAUCAGAGUUGGAGACAUUGAUUAUGGAGUAUCAGUUGAAAACAUCUUUGCUGUCGAAUCAAGUGCUCAUCCUUCUUUGGAUGAGAUAAAGAAGUUACCAAACAAAGUCCUUUUGUGGUGUGGUACGCGAAGCUCGAACUUGUUAAGGCAUUUGCAAAAAGGGUUCUUGCCAGCUGCUUGUUCUCUUCCUGUGCCUGGUUAUAUGUUUGGCAAGGCAAUUGUUUGUUCUGAUGCUGCUGCGGAAGCUGCUAGGUAUGGUUUUACUGCUGUAGAUAGGCCAGAAGGAUUCUUGAUUCUGGCUGUUGCUUCUCUUGGAGAUGAAGUCACUGAGGUCUCGAGCACCCCAGAGGACACGAAAUCCUUCGAGGAGAAGAAGAUUGGAGUCAAGGGAUUGGGGAGAAAGAAAACAGAUGAAUCAGAACACUUCAUGUGGAGAGAUGAUAUCAAGGUCCCUUGCGGCCGCUUGAUGCCAUCAGAGAAUAAAGAUGGCCCCCUGGAAUACAAUGAGUACGCCGUCUAUGAUCCAAAACAGACAAGCAUAAGGUUCCUAGUGGGAAUCAAGUAUGAGGAGAAGGAUGCGGUGAUGGACACUGCAGAGCCGUGAGCUUGGAGAAAAAGAAAAAGGGCGCAGAGCUGUGAGUUUGGAGAAAAAGCAAAAGGGCGGUCUCAACGCCUUCUGUAUGACAACGGAUCUUUUGUAUUUUGGCUUUUGCCAUUCUCCAGGAAUAGGAGUACAGGGAAUAGGUUUGUCGCAAGUUGUUUAGUUAGAAUCUUUGUGAGGAUAAUGAUGAUGGAUUUUGUUGUAUAUGAUCGUCACUAAUCUAUGCUUUAACUGAUAAUAUUAUAGGUAUAUAGUUUUUGUCC